UAUUUGCAACAGGUGCGUGCGCAUGUAACAACAAACAUGGACGACAAGGGAUGAUAUAAAAAUAAAAAUAGAGAUGACGCAAGCCAAUGGGGUGAUAUUACCCUGUCAAUUACCAACAUGGACUCAAGUGAAAAGGACACUUACAAGUUUGAAAGAAAAAUGUCUUACAGAAACCACAACUGUAGAAGAAAUAACCACACUCCUCAAUUCUCUUUCCGAGAUAAACACCUCAACAGGUUCGGACAAAGAUCUACCAUGGUAUAAGAAAAAUUCCAAGAGUGGAGCCUCAAAGCAUGGCCAUUCCUAUGUGUGGUUGGGAUUUGGUCAAUUUCUUGGAAUGAUUGAUGCAGAAGACAGAAAUAGAAUAAUGCACCAUACCUUACCUGGCAUUAUACAGUUAGCUAUAGAUAUUGAUACAUUUCCAUCAACAGGUGUACAACAAUGCUCACAGCAGAAUGAAAGCACAACUGUUCUUGCAAGGAGUUUUAUAGCUUCAAUUUUGGCAUGUGGGUUUUUGUGUUUAUAUCAAGCAAGACAUAGGAGUGGAAAAUUAAAUGAAAUCAACUUCACAAGUUUUCUGAAAAAUCUGUAUUUACCAGUACAGAUGGCUAAGUUAAGAUGUGUGUUAAAUUAUUUUGAUAGAAUAACUUCUAAUGAAGAAGAGAGAAAAGGUGCUGUAACAUAUACUCGCAAGGUUAUAGAAAAGUCGAGAUUACCAACGAUGGAAGAUUACCUAUCAAGUGAUCAGACACUUUGCCCUAUAACGAUACAUCACAAGGGUUGUAUAGAAGAUAUGGGUAGUUCUUCGAUGGAGGUAGAUUUUGCUAACAAAUAUAUUGGAGGUGGUUCACUUGGUAAAGGUGCUGUACAGGAAGAAAUACGUUUUAUGGCGUGUCCGGAGUUAAUAGCAUCACAGUUAUUUAUGGAGUGUAUGGAUGAUAAUGAGGCUAUUAUUAUAUCAGGCUAUAAACAAUACUCUAAACAUUCAGGCUAUGCACAAUCAUUUUCAUAUGAUGGCAACUACAAUCAACCGGUGGAGGGAGAGAAUACUAUGUGUUGUAUUGAUGCCACAACAUUUCGCAAUAAAGUCAGACGAAUACAGUUUACAGAACGUUACAUAUUACGAGAAUUAAACAAAGCUUUACUUGGAUUUACUGGACAAUCUAGUAUAUAUCAGCAAGAAUGUGCAGAGAAGUUAAAUUUAAAAGAUGGAAUUUCCAGUGAUGAAGAAUUUUUAACAGCUUUUGAAACAUCAGAUGAAGAUUCAAGUCCUAGAUACAUCUCAGAGUAUGCCAGUAAAAUGUUAAAUGGUUUGUUAUCACAAGCUACAAGAGAAGCUGUAGAAAAAAGUAAAUCACAAAAGAAAGCUAAACAUGUAAAACGUGAAGACUUGAUGAUGGCAGCUGGAAACCUUACAUCUAAGCCAGAUGUUAGGAUUUCUGAAACUACAGGUCAUAUUAUAGUUGGCGCCACAGACCAAGUAAACAUUCAAAACAAUUACGUGGCAGCUAAUGUGUUUGAUGGAUUGGAUGUUGAUUAUGGGGAUUGGCUGAAUAACUUCAGACGGAGAAGUUCCAAUUUAAGCGAUAUCACGUCGCGUAGAAGUAGUACGAGUACCAAACAUAGUUCAGAAUUAAGUAGCGAUUUAGAUGAUUUAUAUGAAUCUUAUAUCAGGUCGGAAAAAUCUAAACAUGGUACUAUUCAAGAAGAGUCAUAUGAGACUAUAAGUGAUUUCGCAGCCAAAUUAAUUUCAUGUUUGAUGCAAGAGGGAACAAGCAAAGCAGCUUCUAUGUUACCAUGUGUACAAGAUUUUGACGAAUGUCCACCAUUAUCUGCAAUCAAGCCUAAACCUUUUAGAGACACAGUGCAGAAUGGUGAUAACUCUUUGAAACAAAUGGCAGAAACUGUUGCUGAUAAGACAUUUAAAUCUGUUGUUACGUUUGCCAUGCUAGAAGCUGUUUCGAUUAUAGCUUCUAAAAAUAGUCAACGCGACAAUACUUCCAAUAAUAAUUCACAUUCCUCCACAAAGACUGAUGCUAUCCCUGACACUGUGUAUGAAUGGUUUGCUGAUCAUAUUGUCAGUGAUGCUUUUGUACAAGCUAGUGAAGAAUAUUCGCAUACAGACAUUAUGGUUGAUAAUGUUAUCAAUCAUACACAUUUAGACCAAAAUGUUAGUCACGAAUCUGGAAGUUCGGGUGAGUCCAGCGCCCCACGUCUUUCUUUUAGCUCUGUUCCUGAUGAUAAUGACCACAACGCAUCGCUUUUGUCAGGGUAUGAUUCCUCCAACUCUUCUCUGGCUUCGGAGAAAAAGCCAUGUGCGCUUACGAAAAAGCGACCCUCUGUGAAAUCUGAGAGAGAUCGUAUUUUUUCUUGUAAAUCAAGUAUUAGUGAAGGAAUGGCAUCGAUGUCUGACAUAAAUUUUGUUGAAAAUAUUGGUAUUAACCACGGACACAGUGCCGUAAAUAUUGAUACUGAUAAAAAUUUAAACGAUGCUGCUGCUCAUAUUGUCCGACAGGUCAUUAUGGGAAUACCUGAAAGACUAGAAGAAGAGUCGGCGGCUAUGCUUUAUCAUACAUCUACAGAUCAUUCGGUAAAAUUUGAAGAAUCUACUGUAGAAUUUGAUAAAAACAGAUCAAAAGAUCAGACACACACAGUCACUUUUGCAGACGAUAAAUCAGGUCCUCUUCCAUGGUCAAAUUUCAGUAAACGUGAAGAAAAGAAUAGGAAAUAUGAUACAUCGAAUGUAGGAAUAUUAACUAAAAAACUCAGUCGUGAAACUCUAACAAAUGCUUAUUUAAAAGCUGAAAAUAGACGACAAACUAAAAGUUACGAGCGUCGUAGUAGUGAACCUUGUCAUAUCAGUGUUGAACGAUCGUUACAAGCAUUAGACAAUGAAAAAGCUGCGUGUGAUAUGGAUAAAAGAAAUCGCAAAAUAUCGCGGACAGAUGAGGACUUUGAUAGAUUCAAAGCCGAUUCUCAAAGAAGGGGAUCAUGGGAUAUCAUGCCCUCAGGCAGACGAAGAAGUUCUUGUGGUUUUAAAGAUCCAGUAUUAUCUAGAUUUGCCGAGGAGUUAAUGAAAGCAGACACAUCUAUUCCACCACUUCAAAUUGCUCAGAGACCUAAUUCUAGUACAUCCGGUUCUAGAAGGAGUAGUGUUAGUGCUUUUAAAGAUGUGACUUUAGCAUUUUUUGAAAUGGAACUUUUAGGUAGUAGUUUUGAAGCUCCCUCUAGUCCUAGACAUAAUUCCACCAGGAAGUGCAGUCGGGAUUCCAAACUUGUUAAAUCUGACAGUUCGGAGGCUGAUUAUGCUUGGUUUCCAUUACCAAGACGAGUCGGCGUCGAAUUUCAGGAAAAUUAUGAACGACUACACAAUUAUCAUAGUGUCGAUGAGAUUGAAGACUUUGCUGAUAUGAUUGCACAAAACGUCCUUCAGGAAGCUGUUGAUAUCUUGAAUCGUGAACAGGAACUGAAUGAAGACGACCAUUUUUACAACCAUGUGGAGUAUUAUGCAGAUCAGCUUAGUCAACAUGUGCUAGACAUGGCGUUUUCUGUUAUUAAAAAACACAAAAACGACUUGCACUUAUUGAGUAAUUCCAAUAGAAAAAAUGUUUUAUUAGUCGAUGCCCAAAAUGAUUCCAUUGAUGACUUUCAUGAUGCAUUAGAUAUUGAAAUAAAAGUAUUAGAGAAGUAUGCUGAUAAUAUGGUGGCUGCAUGGAUUAAGGAUGUGAUGACAAAACUAUACAGGCCAAAACAUAGAUUAGAUGAAUUUAUAUGCAAGGAUAAACCUAUUUCUUCUGGUAAUUGGGGUUGUGGCGCAUUUUGUGGUGAUCCCCAUAUUAAAAGUUUAUUACAGUGGAUGGCUGCUUCUAUUGUACAAACACCUGUAUUACAUUAUUUUAUAUUUGAUGAUCCUAGACUAGUCAGGCUUGAAGAGGUAGUAAAGUUUAUAGAAGAUAAGAAAUGGAAAGUAGGUGAUAUAAUGAAAGCUAUAAAACAGUAUUGUGAUUUAAUCUUUCUAGAAGAUGGUGGUUAUAAUGAUGAUGACUUUACCAUCAGUUUUACUUUAUUUGAUUUUAUCUUGACUUUGUAAAGAAACUUUUAUCUGGUAUUAAAUCAAAUAGGUAUUACACUUGGUAAGAAUGGGGCAUUUAUUGUUACACCAGAAACUGGAUCCCAAGAGCUACUUAUCUUGUUGUUCUUCUUCUUGGGGGCAACACUCUUUGAAAAAGGCCUAAGGCUCAGGCAAAUCACGUACUAUCGACAUGAAACUUGGCAUGUUUGUUCCUUGUAUAAUUGCGCAUCGAUUGACGGACUUCAGUUUUUGAUAUGACAUCAUGCUCGGUUCCUGGUCCAUAGUAUGUUUGUACUUGUAGAACUACAUUAUUAUCAUGAAUAUAAAUUACUCCCACCUGAAUUCUGGUCCCCAACAAAUACAUAAACAUAAGCGACAUCCUGUCAUCAUGAACCAAAGUUUAGAAUUUAAAGCUCAAUAUCGACUUGCAAAGACAAUCUUUGAAAGUAAACCCACUUCUGAACAAAGACUAGGUACAUGGCCAAUAAAAACAGUACCCAAACCUGACAAUAUUUGAACUUGACUCGGAUUGAUUUUCUUACUGAUUUUAAUUUUCUUAUUUCAAAAAAGUCAUCAGAAAUGUUUAAAUAUACAUAUUUUUUAUGAUGAGUUUGAGCAGAUUGUGUAGCCCCAUCCUAACCAAGUGGACUGAAUGGAAGGUGAAGCUGUAUUAAUAUUAUCCCAACCUAGAUCUGUUAUUUCAUUCUUUAGUGGCAAAAAUGUCUGGCACAGUGAAAUGCAUACAACCAUACAAAUACAAAUCUUGUUGACAGUGAUGUGCAGAGAGAAGGCCAUAGGGGACAGUGGCUCUGUGCAUCCAUUUCAAAAGGGCAUCCAAUUAAAGAAUGAAAUUAAAAUUCAGUGUUGUUUUAAUUUGAAAUUAUGGCUGUUAGCUUUGUUGUACAAGCUGCUCUACCUAAUUUGAAUAACAAGUUAAUUUCAUCUGUUUUAAAUAUUUCAAAUGUCCUCCUCUUUCACGUUUAUGAGUACCAGGUCUUUUACUAUUCUUCUCUUGUAAUCUGGGAAAACCUAGUUGAGUUAGAUCCACAUCAGGUUCUUCUCCUUCAGUUAAGAAUGUUAAAGUGUGUAAAACUCUUCCUAGUUGGCAGUUUUUCAUCUGGAAGAACCUAGUACGUCAAGUCAGAGUAGGACGUUGAACCCCAUUUUAUUUCGUUUCAUUUCCUAAUAUGUCAUGUAAGUAUACUGAUGUAAUGUAUACUGUCUUACUAGGUUUUUCCAGAUAACAGGAGUGAAGUCUUGGGGACAUUCACAUAGAAUCAAGGAGUUGGCUCUGGGCAUCGACAAAACUGUGCAUGUCACUGCUUGUCUUUGAUUAAUUGAUUUUUAUACACCCACAUUGAAAUGUGGUUGUAUAUUGUCGUACAGUGUUUAAAGUCACAAGACGAAGAAGCCUAUUGAUUUUCAACAAUUUCUGAUAAUUACUGCCAGAGUUAUGUCCCUUAAUGACUUUGAACAAUCUUGUGAACGCUCUAGAGGCUAAAGUUAAUAUCCGAUUGACUUUAAAUUUAUACACAGUGUUUUACAGAGGAGAAUCCUAUUGUGGAUGUGCUAGAGGAUAAAGUUAAUAUAAAUUUAUGCACGGUGUUUACGGUCAUGAGACAAACAAUCAAAACAAAUUCUAAUGAUUUCUGAUAAUUACAUAAUGGGUUGUUACUUGUAAUCAGAUUUUAGUGUGUUGUAAAUGGUUUCAUUACUGAUAAAAGAAAAAAUAUGCAACAACCAUUGUUGACAGUCCGGACAGCUUAGCUGCUGUGGGAGUAUGUUUCAUUGCCUGGCAACCUAUCUUUAUUUGUAAUAUGGAGCAGUUUGGGAGCAGUAAAAAUCUUUGAAGUAAACUGUACUAGGUUAUAAAGGAAAGAAGUUUUGAGUCAAGUUAUAUAUUAUAGGUUUAUUUUAUUGUAGUGAUUCUAUUUAUUCUGUGAUUUGUAGAAAAUAGUGGUUGUGAUAUUAUUUUAUAUCCUUAUUUGUACCAAAGACAAGUCCAGUCAUAAUUUAAGAUCAUCUCGCUAGAGUAGAAAUUAGAUUUUAAACAACUAGUCGAAAUUUAUGUAAUUAAAAUAUUUUUGGGAAAGCCCAGAGGAUUUUAGAGUAGUAAUUUUCAUUUUAUAUCUUCCUUGACAUUCAUUCUAGUUUAUAAAAUGCCUUUAUAUUGCAGUCAUUUCUCCAACUUUAGCUAAAAUCAUAUUUUUAAUGAUUACCUGGUAGGCAUUUGUCAAACACUAAUUAUUUAUAUUUUUGAAUUAAAAAAUAUUUGACAGACAUAGACUGAAUUUCAGUCAGGACAUACUUAUUAUCAAUUUGGAGCCCUUUCUGAGAUUCAAAGAGCUGGGUUAAAAGAAGGUGAUUAGACUUUACCUGUAGCCAAGACCUAGAGACCAGCAUAGUAAUUGUGACAUGUUUUAAGCAUCUAGGUAGUGGUGUUGAUAAUGUGCAUUACAACUUUUUCACAUUAUUAUAUUUCUGUGAAAUACGGCUUUAUCUAAAGUUAGAGUUGAGUAUGGCCCAUAUUUGCUGCCAUAAAAAAAAGUCUUAACUUUUUAGUGUCUAUGACACAUACUUUCAUAUGAUGUUUGAGAUUAUUUGUUGAAUUACUGUGAUGUAAGUCUCUUAUAGAGUUCAAAUUUGGAUUAAAUCCCAAGAAAAUGAGAAUAUUAUUUUAGUUUGAAGGAGAUUGGUUUGUAAUGUAUGAAUGUGUACCGGUAUAUGAAUUAUAUACAUGUAUGUAAAUGUGUGCACAUUAAUCGUUUUUCUUUAUAAAUAUACACAGUAUUUACUCAGUUAAAAAUUAAUUAUAGUACAUAUGUAUCAAGAAUUUGAAUAUAUAUUCCUGGGAAAAAAUCAUUUAUUUUCUGAAGAUUGUCAUUAUUCAUAUUCUUAAUGUCUCUGGGAGUCAUUUGUGUUUUUUGGAAACGAACAAUAAAAUUUCUCACGACUUAAUCCAUGCUAAAUUGUACUCAAAUUGAUUAUUUAAAUUUUAAUAAAAAAAAAAACCAAUAUCAAAUAUGAUCAGUAGGUAAUCUCUCGGAUUGGAUUCAAUUUGAAAGAAGCCCAUCCAAUUCUCAGCAAAAAUCAUAGGUGGCACUGACUUGUGUUGACUAUAUCUAUAUAGCCUGCAGUGGAUGCUGGAUGAUAAAUUUAUCUUUGUAACUACUUAACGGAACUGAACCAUUUUUGGACUGAUAUUUCUUUUGGAGAUUCAACUUUCACAUGGAAUACAAAAUCCCCACAGAUGAUGAUCAGAGGCUUUAAUAUAUUGUUAUAGUCUUUUAUUUUUACUUUUUGAUUUAGAAAUAAAAUGUUGGCAGGACCUCAAAACAUGAGGAUGGAUUUUUUUUUUAUAUAAGCUAUUUUUUUUAUUUCAUUUGAGAUCGGAUCGAGGGAACAGGCUAGGCCUAUGUUGACCUCCCUCCAGAAGAUUGUAAAUAAUGACAUUAAAAACAAUGAAUCUAACAAUCCUUCUUUAUGCAUAGAUUUUUGUGAGCUGUGAGUUUUAAACAGGAAAUUUCAUUAAGAUAGAGUUGAUUAAGAUGUAAGGUUUCAUCCCUUUUAAUAAGUACGUUAUAUCAUUUUAUUUUGUUAUGUUUAUAUUUUGAUAUAUAUUAUAUGAAAUAAUUAGUAUUAAUGAGGGAAAGGGUUAUGUUGUGAUGCAGUGCUAUGUUCAAAUGUCUAAUUAGUGAAUUUUGGUUUAAACACAUUAUUAAUAUAAUUGAUGAAGAAUUUGUUUUAUGUUUAAUUUGAUAAUUUGUAAAAUAACCAUGGAUUAUAAAUAUUGCUCUUUUGUUUGAAUAACCAGAUAAGGUCCAAGAACCUGGUGACUAGUAGCAGGGUUGGGGUAAUGAAAUGGUUAUGUAAUGAGUUGUGGAAGAUUUGUUAAGUAAUUGAAACGUAAUUACGUUCCAAAACCACCAGUUGCCCGGCAAGAUACGCCCACAUUUUGAAAGAGAUGGAUAGAGAUCAAGCUAAAAAAGGGGGCAUUUUUCGUACAAUCAGACGCCAUAAUCAAGGAUGUUAUGGUCUGAAAUGUGCGCAUAUUGAAAAGGACUGAGAUGUUUGUGAUAAAAAGAUAUAUUUUAAGUUUCAUCAAAAUUGGAUAAAAAUUGUGACUUCUAGAGGAUCCACAACCUUGGUAUUACAUACUUUUACACUAUUUGUGUGCAAGGAGCAGCCAUUCCACGAAAUCCGAACUCAGUCGUCAUUAGGGUGUAAUGCGAUUUUUCAAAAUUGUGGCCUCUAUAGGGUUCACAAUCUUUAUAUACCAUAUAUUUACACUAUUUCUGGACGACGGGCAGCCAUUUUGUCCGACAGUUUUGGUCCGAUUUUUGCAAAAUUCAAACUCAACCAUCAUUAGGGUGUAACGGUGAUAUAUUUAAAAGUUUUUUUUAAAUCAGAUAAAAAUUGUGACCUCUAAGAGGGACCACAAGCUAAAAAUGCGAUUUUUGUACAAUCAAGGGCCAUUAUUCAGGAAGUUACAAUUCGAUAUGUGCGAAUAUCGAAAGGAACCAAGAUCUUUGGGUUAUAAACAUGCAUUUCAAGUUUCAUCAAAAUCAGAUGAAAACUGUGACCUCUUAGAGUGUCCACAAGCUAAAAUUGUACAAUCAGGAGCCAUAAUCCAAGUUAUGGUCUGAUACAUGCCAGUAUCGAAAGGAACCAAGAUCUUUGGGAGAUAGCCCUAUAUUUCAAAUUCCGUCAAAAUCGGAUAAAAAUUGUGACCUGUAGAGUGUCCACAAACAAAUUAUGAACGGACAUCGACCGGCAUAAUACCUCCGCAUGAAAAUGUUGGUGUACAAAAACAUGUAAUGGUUAAUUACAUUUCAGUUACAAUAUCAGUAUUUCCAACAAUAUGAGGCUCAAAUUUUAAAAUUAAAGAGGUGAAUAGUACUGGUAGUCACAGCUACACAGACCUUAUUUGAUUUUUAGAAUGAAAGAGUAAUAUUUAUUGGAUGGGCUAUAUGUAUUUAUCAUAUUUGUCUUAAUAUUUAUUUACCUCGAUUUGUGUAUAGAUGGAAUUAUAUGGUUGCCUUUACAGUACUGAAAGAAUUAUAGAUUACAUAUACAGAAGAUAAACAUUUACCUGUUGGUCAGUUUUCAUCUUAUAAAAUACUGUCACCAUAAAUGACAUGAAAGACUCCUAUGUAAGAAACUCUUUAAAAAUCCUUGAUCAGUUGAAAUAAUGGUAAGAAUUGUGGCUUGAAUAUAAAAAUGCCAGGCUGAUCUAAUAAAAUCAUGGUAGUUUAGAUUUCUAACCGUGACACUCAAUUCUAAAUUGUACUCUUUUUUUAUUGUGUUUUAAAGUUUAAUUCAUUAAAAUACCAUGUUUAUGGUAUGUAGAUUGAAUAACUGGUAAAUUCCCCAGCUGGUCAUUUUCUCUGUGUAUUAAUGAAGACUGACAAGCCUUUUUGAAGUUAAUUAUGGUUUUAAAAAAGUUCCAUUAAUAUGAUUUUACUAGGCUUGAAUGAGUGUAAAUCUAAUUAUGAAUAUUGUAAUAAUAUAUGAUUGCCAUAUAAAUACUACUUGGUAUUAUGUAUAAAUUAUGCAAAUAAUAAAACAUUUUUAUUUAUUAAAAUAUCAGAAAUUUA